CAGGCGGAGAGGUAAAGUAUGCUGGGAGCAGUGAAAAUGGAAGGGCACGAGCACUCGGAUUGGAGCAACUACUAUGGAGAACCAGAGGAAGAGUCCCAAGAUGAGAAGCAACGCGAUCGGGCGCCGGGGGGCUUCAUCCAGCCGCGCUCUGAGAGACCCAGCAAGCCCAGGGCAGCACGAAGCCAGCGGGCAGCCUCCGGCUUGGCUUGCCCACCUCUUUUCGCAGCAACUCCUCUGCCUUGUUUUUUUGGGGGGGGAGGCCUUCCCCCUUCCCCUGCCCUCCGGGUUUCAGAUCGCGGGGUCGUUUCCUUUCCAGGGGCUGAGCAUUCAACCUGCUGCCAACCAUUUUUAAUGAUCACACACACACACACACACACACACACACACACACACACACACACACAUAUAUAAUGUGUGUGUGUAUAUGUGUGUGUGUAUUUAUAUAUACUAUAUAUAAAUACGCACACAUAUAUUACUGAAAUAUAAUUAUUAUAUUAAUUUAAUGAUCAUAUAUAUAAUAUACAUAUGAUCAUUAAAAAUGGUAGCAGCAGGUUGAUUGCUCAGCCCCUGGAAAUGAAAGGACCCUGCGCACAUAUAUAUGCAUAGUCUAUGAAAUGUACAGCUAUAGGUACAGUAUCUACGAGAUAGAUAGAUAUAUCCAUAUCUAUAUCUAUAUCCAUCUCUCUCUCUCUGUCUCUCUCUCUCUAUAUAUAUAGUACAUACUGUACCAAUAACUGUACAUUUCACAGACUAUUAUAUAUGUAUAGCUUAGAAAUAUAUAUAUAGUUAAAUUAGAUGCAUGUAUAGUUAAAUCAUAUAUAGAUAUAUUUAUAUAUCUUUAAAUAUAUAAAUUUCAUAUCUAUAUUGAGUUAAAGAUAGAUAUAUAGAUAUAUUUAUAUAACUUUGACUUUAAGUUAAAUUGUAGCUAUGUAUAGAUAUAGCUAUCCAUAGGUAUAGAUCUAUAUAGAGAGAUAUCGAUAUAGAUAUAUCUAUCUAUAAAUCUGUAGAUAGAUAUAUCUAGAUCUAUAGAUAGAUAUAUUUAGUUAAAGACGGAUAUAUAGAUAGAUAUAGAUAUAUAGUUCCUCCACCUCCUCCCCCCCAGCAAACCCUUGCCAAGUAAAUACGGAGCUGGCAAGCUCCUUCCCAAGAGGCGACCCGGCUCUAUCCUAGGAGCUCCUAGCUGAACCUUCAUUUCUCUCCCAAUUCCUGCUCACGCAGAGCAGCAAGCACAAAGCUAAAGGCAACCCCCCCCCCCCAAUCCCCUACCACCACCUCCCCGGUAUGAAUAAUAGCGCUCGGGCAGUGGCUUCAGGGCUGGCUGGGCUGCGAGGAGAAGCAUUGCUAUAGCAGCCUAUGUUGUAUGCAUUGAAUAGAAGUCAACGUUAAUCAUCCCCCCCAACUCUCCCUCCUCCUCCCCCCUUGUCCUUGCAGAGCUAUUCUUCAGUGAACAACAUGAAUGCCGGGCUGGGCAUGAACACCAUGAACACCUACAUGGGCAUGCCCGCCAUGAGCACGGCGGCCAACAUGACGGCGGCCAGCUCCAUGAACAUGUCGUACGCCAGCACGGGCAUGAGCCCCUCCCUGGCGGGCAUGUCCCCGGGCACGGGGGCCAUGGCGGGCAUGGGCACGGCAGGGGUGCCGGGCAUGGCGGCGCACCUGAGCCCUAGCAUGAGCCCCAUGGGCGCGCAGGCGGGCUCCAUGGGCGCGCUGGCGCCCUACAGCAACAUGAACUCCAUGAGCCCCAUGUACGGGCAGUCCAACCUGAACCGCUCCCGCGACCCCAAGACGUACCGGCGCAGCUACACGCACGCCAAGCCGCCCUACUCCUACAUCUCGCUCAUCACCAUGGCCAUCCAGCAGUCGCCCAACAAGAUGCUGACGCUGAGCGAGAUCUACCAGUGGAUCAUGGACCUCUUCCCCUUCUACCGCCAGAACCAACAGCGCUGGCAGAACUCCAUCCGCCACUCGCUCUCCUUCAACGACUGCUUCCUCAAGGUGCCGCGCUCCCCGGACAAGCCGGGCAAGGGCUCCUUCUGGACCCUGCACCCCGACUCGGGCAACAUGUUCGAGAACGGCUGCUACCUGCGCCGCCAGAAGCGCUUCAAGUGCGAGAAGCAGCUGGCACUCAAGGAGGCUGGCGGCGGCGGCGGCGGCGGCGGGGGCAGCAAGAAGCAGCAGCAGCAGCAGGGACAGGGACAGGGACAGGGACAGCAGCAGCCGGCCGCGCUCGGGGACAGCGGCGCCUCCACGGGCUCCGAGGACCCCGCGGGCACGGAGUCGCCCCACUCCAGCGCCUCGCCCUGCCAGGAGCACAAGCGCGCCCUGGCCGACCUGAAGGGCAACCCGGCGCUGAGCCCCGCCGGCCAGGCACCUUCGCCCGCCCAGCAGCAGCAGCAGCAGCAGCAGCAGCAGCAGCAGCACCUGCUGGCUCAGCACCACCCGGGGCUGGCGCACGAGGCACACCUCAAGCCCGAGCACCACUACGCCUUCAACCACCCCUUCUCCAUCAACAACCUGAUGUCGUCCACGGAGCAGCAGCACCCCCACCACCACCCCCACCAUCACCCCCACCACCACAAAAUGGACCUCAAGGCAUACGAACAGGUGAUGCACUACUCCGGCUACGGCUCGCCCAUGCCCGGCAGCCUGGCCAUGGGCGCUGUAACGAACAAAAGUGGCCUAGAGUCCUCCCCCCUGGCUGGAGACACUUCUUACUACCAAGGUGUGUAUUCCCGACCCAUCAUGAACUCCUCCUAAGGCGGGCUCCCUCUUGCCACCAGCCCUCCCCCUCCCUUAUUCCACCCCCUCCUCCCCAUGCAAGGGAGGCCCGGACUUUGAUCCUGAUGAUGGUGAUGAUUUUCGUUGGCUCCAGAUGUUGUGUAUAUUUGGGACUUGCUAGUUCUGUGUGCUACACAUCCGCCCGCAAGGAGGACAACUUCCCACCCAGCCAGCCUGACCCCAAAUCCGCCUGGCUUUGGAUGGGGCCCAUAGACGCCCAACCACUUUAAGCAACAAUUUGAA